AUGGCGUCCACGUACGCGCUGCCUAUUGCGCCCACCUCGCAUUCUCACAGCCAUGGACGCUCGCAGUCCCAAUCGCAGUCCCAAUCGCAGUCCCAAUCGCAGUCCCAAUCGCAGUCUCCAUCCCAGUCCCAGUCCCAGUCUCCAUCCCAGUCCCAGUCCCAGUCGCACUAUUUCACCGCACCCUCGCCCAACCGAAGCGGCCGCCCCAAGGCCUUGUCACCCGUAGAGGAAGGGAAGAACCCUACGUCAGGGCACCAACACCACAGACCAGACAUGAGUGGGCAGCUGUAUGGCGCGGUGCGUUCACCGUAUGCCGAGUACAACAGCAAUGCGCACAACCACAGCCACGGACACAGCCAUUCUCACUCGCAUGCCCACUCGAAUUCGAAUGGCUCCUCACACACGCUGGCUUCUUUUGCGAACGGCAGGCCGAAUGGCAGACUUGGCGUAGACUCGCCGCAGACACCGAGGAAGAACGCAGCGGCUGCGAAGUACGGCCUGUUCUCGCCCGUACAAGAGUCCGCACCCGUGUUGCCGUCUUCCUCAUGGCUGGACCUGCCCGAAGCACUCACGGCACUGCUCAUACCCCUGCCAUAUCUCCUCGCCACAGUAGCGUACCCCAAUGCUGCACGAAAGCUACCUACGACACGAUCAGAAGCCGUUGUGGAAAGCGAGCCAGCACUUCAAGUUGACACUGCUACGAACGACGCACACCUCCUCCACGCCCUCUUCCUCACAUCAGCGACACUGCUCGCAGUCGGACUCACUGCACGAGUUCGGUCGGGCUUGGAUCAGCCGCUUGAUAGGCGGAAGGCUGAUAGCUCAAGGAGCAUAGCUGCAGCAUUGCGAGAUGGUGCUGGCCUCAGACAGAGUCUUACAAACGUCUCUGGUGUCUUGCUACCGUUCUACGCGGCUAUGCAGAUAGGUGGCGCGAAAACAGCUCUAGUUCUCUUGACUGCCGUUGCUGCGGGACUUGGUGCCACGGACCAGAGACCUGGAAAGCACACGCGCUGGGAUGAUCUGAAAAGAACUCUGCGAACUCGAAGGACGACGGUCGCAGUCUUGCUCAUUGGGGUGAUUGUGGAUGUCACCCUCUGGGGCCAUCCGGCAUGCGCCUUGUUUGGCUACAGUGCUUUGUUCACGUCGAUAUUCGCAGCUCCUCCGCCGCUACCCACAGCCGGCUGGUUGUUGGUCACUGGCAACCAGACCCAGGAUUCGUACACAAGCAAAGGAUCCUCGCGAGCCUCUUUGCCGAAGCCAUCCUCGCCACUGAUCAGCACGUCAGAAGACACGCUCCUAACCUGCGUAUCUGGUGUUGGCUUGAUGGCCAUCACUCUCCUGUUGUCGUUUUUUACUUCUCCAACUACAUCUUUCUCACCACAUACUAUCGUUUUCACAGCAUCGUCGGUUGCAUCGGCGACGGCGCUUGUAUUCUUCUCGCUUCCCGCGGCCCUGCGAAGUCACCGGUACGUCGGGCUGCACCUCGGUGGUCUGCUCGUUAUCGCUUUUACUGGAUGGCAAUAUCUGCAUGAUUGGCAUCACACGGUCUUCACCGCACUGAGUUACACGCUCUAUGCUUGCGGUAUUGUGUGGGAUACUCGCUCUUCUCACGCACACUCGUAUGCUCACGACCAUGCACGUGCGGAUCACGGCCACUCGCACGAUCACAAGCAUGAACACCAUCUCCAUGCAAACCCGUCACGAAUCUCAGCGUUUCUUAUCGCGCGUACGACACCAGGCUCCAUUAUCCACAGCGUCAUGAUUGAGCGGGACUCUCGACGUAUUGCAUAUUUUGGAGUCCUGAACUUGAGUUUCAUGGUCGUCCAGUUCUUUUACGGCUUCGUUAGCGGGUCUCUGGGUCUGCUCACCGACAGUAUUCAUAUGCUGUUCGAUUGCGCUGGUCUCGCUGUGGGCUUAGCAGCGGCAGUCAUGAGUAAAUGGCGUCCCAAUGCUCGCUUUCCGUACGGUUAUGGAAAGAUCGAUACCUUGUCUGGUUUCGCUAAUGGUGUAUUUCUUCUCCUUGUCAGUUUGGAAAUCAUUUUCGAUGCGUUCGAACGCUUGUGGGAAGGCCAUGAGCUGCACCGACUGAACGAGCUACUCAUUGUUAGUAUCCUAGGCUUCCUUGUCAAUAUUGUAGGCCUCACAGCCUUUGGACACGCACACCACGGACAUGGACAUUCUCACGACCAUGGAGAUCACGACCACGGCCACGGCCAUUCGCACGACAACGAGAACAUGCAGGGUAUAUUUCUGCACAUCCUCGCCGAUGCCCUCGGCUCUGUAGCCGUCAUCAUCUCCACAUUACUCACCAAGUACUACGGCUGGUCCGGCUGGGAUCCCAUCGCAUCGUGCAUCAUCGCCAUUCUCAUCUUCCUGUCUGCAAUCCCACUCGUCAAGAGUUCCGGCAUGCGCCUGAUGCUGUCCCUUCCAACCGACGCAGAAUACGGCGUACGCAACACGUUGCAGGAGCUUAGCUCGCUGCGAGGCGUCGUAGGCUACACGGUUCCCAAGUUCUGGCUGGAAGACGAGGGCGCCGCGCACGCCGAGGCCCACGCGAAAGAGCAUGAACAUGAGCACGGGCACGGGGGUUGCAGCGACGGACACGACCAUGACCACAGCCACGCACACGGACACGAGCACAAGCACUCUGGACACGACCACGACCAUGAUCAUGACCACGCGCAUUCGCAUUCUCAUUCGCUAUCGAACGGACACGCACACGCACAUACACACGACCACGACCACGACCACAGCCACGACCACAGCCACGCUCCAGGAAAGCAGCGGAUCCUCGGCGUCAUGCACAUCAUCGCGUCGCAGGCCGCGGAUCUCGAAGACGUCCGCGAGCGCACGAUCCAGUUCCUCAAGGGCCGCAACAUGGACGUUGUGGUGCAUGUGGAGAGGGAGGGCGACGGGCGCUGUUGGUGCGGCGGUGGGAACAAGACGAGCUGA